UACAAUGAAACAAGUUUGUUUGCCGAACCUUGUUUACGUAUCGGCAAAAGUAUCCGGCUGAAGAAACAACUACAAUCGCAUCCGCCUGAUGCAUCGUAUGUUUCGAGGUCUAGCGGUGUUUCACAACUUACAGCAAAGUUUACUAUGAUGUGGUGGUCAAGGAUGCUGAUGAUUACGUCAGGGUUAAUCGCAUGUACGGUCCUGAACGCAAAGGGGCAAUAUUUCGGUGUCGAUGAUGGAUUAGAUACCCUUGGACAAAGGAUUUCUGCCAGUGUAAACGAACAAUUACGCCCUCUGCAACAUUUAGGUUCCCGCAUUAAUAACCAGGUUGCAAAGCAAGUUAGCGGCUUGGAAAAUUUGGAUUCCCAAAUAUCUCAAAGCGUAUAUCAAGGCUUAGAACCCGUUAGAGCUAUGGAAAUUAUGUUCAAAAUGAUAGAUGGUGUUGGUGGCACAACAAUUACUACAUAUUACCCAAGUGGUAAAAAAUUAAUAGUUAUGAAUCAUCAGCGCUAUAUAUGCGAGGGAACCGUAAACCAGUCAACUGGAGAAUGUAACGGAAAUCUGAAAUACUUCCACAUACAAAAUCAAAAAGAUUGGUGCUACGGACCAACAAGAAGUUACACCCACAUUAACGACUAUAUUUGCCUCUCCGUAGGCAAUAUUUUCGUUCAAGUUAUCAAUGACCGAGUAACAUGCCAAAGCACGGAUAACAGCAGCAUUUUGUUUCUAAAGCGGGAGGAUUACCAAAACUUGUGCAGGGAUCAAGCGUCGCAAGUGGAAGUGAAGUAUAUCGCAAACGAGAACGAUCCCAGUCACGUGGAAAUCCCGAAUAAAAAUCCGCAUGUGCGUUGCUCAAACAACGAAAAAGGCGUUUGCAUAUUUACUCAGAAAACCAGCUUCGACAAUAUUAAUACGGGCAACGUCGUAAAUAAUUAUGGAUCGUCAUUGUUUUAUAACAAUUAAACUGGAUUAAUAAGAUUUUUAAAUAACGUUGACAUUUGGUUUUCAUAAAGACACCAGUAUAUACGGUAAAUCGCGUAGAUAACCUUCAAGAAAUAAAAACUUACAAUAUUUUAAUUUAAAUCUUAUAUAAAAUUUUCAAUAACAUGAUGUGGUGACGCUUUUUCAAAAAGAUAUACCUACAACAAGCACACAUAUGCUUAGGCUACCGUUUUUAAAAAAACCAUUAAUCAUGUAGGGGUCUUAAUUGUUAAUUUACUCUUGUUGUGGGUAAGUACCUCUUUGAAAAAGAGCAAUAAUUUUAAUUCCGUUUUGUGUUUAAAAAUGGGUAUGGACUGAAAAUAUUGUAAACAUUCAAACUUAAGACACCCUGUUGUUGGUAUCUCAAUCAUAACGUUUUAAAUUCAUGGUAUUGUCAACCCAAAUAAACAAAUAUAGUUCCAGACCUAAGUACUAGACUUUAUUUA